AUUUCUUUAAAAAUGAAUAAAAUUUUAUUUAUUACAUUAUUAUUUUUAUUUAUAAAUAUUUCACUAGCAAAAAGAAGAUCAUAUUUAACAAAUACUGAUGCUUCAAUCGCAUUUACUGAAUAUGGUGCCAUUAAAGGUUUAGUGCGUGAUACUCAUCGUGUUUUCUAUGGUAUUCCAUUUGCACAACCACCAGAAGGUAGAUUAAGAUGGGAAGUCCCAAUUGACCCAAUACCAUGGACCAACAUCAAAGAAACUACAACUCAAAAAAAACAAUGUGCUCAAAGAUGUAACUUGGGUCCAGGUGUUUGUUCAUCUAUUGGUACAUCUGAAGAUUGCUUAUAUUUGGAUGUAUUUACACCAAAAGAUGCAAACCCAGAUUCAAACUUACCAGUAAUUGUUUAUUGUCCAGGUGGAGCUUUCACAGUUGGCACGGGAGCUGUUCCUCUUUAUGAUGGUACUAAAUUUGCACAAUCAAAUGUUAUUUUAGUUAAUAUUAAUUAUAGAUUAGGUACAUUUGGUUUCUUAAGAACUGAUUUAAUACCUGGUAAUUAUGGUUUCUUGGAUCAAGUAAAAGCUUUGGAGUGGGUAAAUAAAAAUAUUGCUGCUUUUGGUGGUAAUAAAAAUAAGGUAACUCUUUGGGGUGAAUCUGCUGGUGCUUUUUCAGUUGCCACACAUUUAACAUCUACAUACUCCAGACAAUAUUUCCAUGCUGCAAUUUCUUUUUCAUCACCUUUAACCAUUGGCUUGAAGGAUAAAGCUACUGCAAGAGGUUUUUCAGAAAAAUUUAUAGAUAACAUUGGUUGUAAACGUGAUGAUUUAAGUUGUCUUCGUGGUAAAUCAAUGGAGGAGGUUUUAGAUGCACAAGAAACUGUAAGACCUGGUCUUACUGAUAGUCCACUUGAUGCUUUCACAAUUUGGUCACCUGUAAUCGAUGAAGUUAUUAUUCCAAUGCAACCACUUGUAGCUGCUAAAUUAGGUAAAGCAUAUGAUGUUCCAACAAUCAUUGGUAAUGUCAAAGAUGAAGCUAUUCAAUUUGUUUAUGCAUUCUCGCAAUCUAUUAUUAAACCACUCGAAUAUAGAUUUUUGGUUAGUAUUGUUUUCCCAUUACAGCAAUCAAAUAUUCUUCCUUUAUACCCAGCUGCUCCAAUUGGACAAGAUUGCAGACCUAUAUUGUCAGAGCUUAUGAAUGAUUAUUUAUUCCGUUGCCAAGAUAGAUAUUAUCUUAAUAGAUUUGUUGAUCAUCACAAUUCCCCAGUUUACCACUAUAACUAUGUCCAUGUAAAAUCAACCGAACAUGCCUUUGAACCAUGCGAUGGUAAGUCAUGUCAUGGUAAUGAGUUAUCAUUAUUCUUUAAUACUUAUGAAAAGAUGAAUGAAAACUUGACCCCAGAUGAAAGAGAAUUGGCUGAAGAUCUAAAUAACUAUAUUGUAAACUUUGCAACCAACCAUAAUCCAAAUACUGGUCUCCCAGUACCAGUCAAUUGGCCAGCUGUUACUAAAACCAGAAACUCUACAUUAAUUAUUGAUGUUGAUCCAGUUGUAAGAGAUGUUACUACAAAUGAUGCAAGAUGUGAUGCUCUUGACUUGACCUAUUAUAGAAACCAAGUUAGACCAUAAAACAAAUGAUAACAAUAUCUACAUAUUUAAUGAAUUUAUAAAACUCGUUAAAAUAAAAAAAAAAAAUUUUAAUUUUUUAA